AUGGAGAAAACUCCCAAUAAUUCAAAUUCUUCUAAUAUUAAUUCACAACAAAAUAAGCCUAAUUUGUGUAAUAAAUACAAAAGAUAUGAGCAAUCAAUGAUGGUGCAGGCUACAGCACUUAUUAUCGAUAAUAUUGGGUUUUCAACGGCCAAUGGUUCCGUGAUGAAUAUACUUUCUUGGUUGCUUAGAACGUACUUUGAGAAAUUAUGCAGAGAUUCUGGUUCUUUGGCUGAAUUUGCUGGUCGAGAUUUUGUAACUCUUGAUGAUGUUUCCAGAAUGUUUAAUCGUCAUUCGAUAGAUUUGCGGGAUCUUCAUGAUUAUCUUCAACAAGUAGGCAGUUUUCAUCUUCCUGAGCAGCCUCCUUUAUUUCCUUUGCCGCUGUCUUCCUAUAAAGCAAUAGUUGAGAAGCAGGAAUUAGAUCAGAAGGAAGAAGAGGUUACAGAUAAAGCUGAUAUAAACGAGAAAAUACAUGUAAAUGAUGAUGAUAAUGAACAACAAGAUGAUGUCAAACAGGAUCACAGAGGUACUCAACGAUUUGCUCAGAAAGCCUUCCCUAACUUUUUUGGAGCUUAUGCUCCUGAUCUUGGCAUCACUGUUAAGAAAUUUAUUCCACCAUUGGUAGAGAUUAGUUUAGAGGCAGAUUUUUCCAGAAAUCCUCAAGUAGCAAACACUUCAUUUACGAUUGUACGACAAGACUUUUUCUCUGUUCCUUGUUUAAGUCUGAAAGGUGUCCCUGAAUCUGAACGUCAUAAAGAGAAAAAAAGGCGAAAAAAAGAAAAGCGUGAGCAACAGCAACUCGAAGAGGAAAAACAAAAAAUCGAAGAAGAGAAGAGAUUACAAUUGGAAAGAGAAAAAAUACUGGAAGCUGAAAGGAUUCAAGCUGAAGCAAAGUCAGCUGAACAGCAGUUAAAAGUUCCAAAAAUAAAAAUACGUUUUGGUCCAGGCCUUUCCACUACUACUUCACAAACUACUCCAUUAUCCGAGCCACAACAAACACAACAACGUCAAAUGUUGAUCUCUCCACCUCUUGUAACUUCAAUUGAUAAACCAAAAUUAAAUGCUCCUCAACCCUUAACAAAAAUUGAUAAACAAGUACAUCCUUCAACAUCGAAAAUUCCUACAUCUGAUGCCUCAAUAACCAAAAAAUCCUCGCCACCUGUUGAAGAAAUAAUUUUUGUCGAAGAAAAACAACAAUCUACUCCCGUUGCAAAAACACCACCAGGCCUUGAGGAAAUUAAAAAAGGAGCUAAAAAGCGAAAGAAAUCGCCAAAAAGAGCUGUUCCUGUAGUAAUGGAGCCAGUCGAAGAGUUGUUUAUUACAUCACCAAUACAAGUCCAGACAUCUACAAAGGAUGCGACGCCAAAAAAGGAAGAAGCCGUCAAAUUGCCAGAUACUGAAAAGAACAAAAGAAAAAGAAAAUCACCAAAACGAACAUCGCCGUCACCUCCUCGAAAGACUAUUCGGGCUUCUACCCCAGCAAAAAAGGAGGGAGGCUGUUGACAAAAACACUUCAAAAAUCGCUCCUUUACAAAGUGUUGAGAAAAAAGUCCCGAACCCGGUGCCACCUAAAUUGCCGACUGAAAUACUUACAAAAUCAGUGCCUUCUGUAAAUUCAUCAAGUUCAGAUGAUUCUAAAAUCUCGAUUAACUCAAAGGAACCCCCAGCAACUUCAAAACGGAGCAGAAAAAGUGAAAAACCAACAAGAGUUGUUCCUUUAAUCGUAUCAGAUAAAUCAACUUCAGAAGCAGCUCCUUCACCAGCGCCUUCACCUAUUCCUUCAAAAGCGUUGGAAACUGUUUUGGAACCUUCCAAAAAGAAGGAGAAACCUUUAG